UUGAGGGUGUUGGUCUGUCUGUCUGUCUUGUUGAGGGUGUGGGUCAGUCUGUCCGUCUGUCUUGUUGAGGGUGUUGGUCUGUCUGUCUGUCUUGUUGAGGGUGUUGGUCUGUCUUGUUUAGGUGCUCAGCUGCUGUAGCCUGACUGCUGUGUCACCCUGAAGGUUUCACUCUGUCGAGAAAACACAGAGGGAGAGAGAUAGAGAGAGAGAGAGAGAGAGAGAGAGAGAGAGAGAGAGAGAGAGAGAGAGAGAGAGAGAGAGAGAGAGCGAGAGAGAGAGAGCAAGAGCGAGGAAGAACAAGUAAAGGAUUGGAAGAAGGAGGGUUGUAUGAGGAGGAGGGGAGAGGAAGAAAAAUAAAGUUUGAAUACAAACCUUCAUCCUUGCCUCUCCUCCCCUUCGCCCUCUCUCUCUCCCUCCCUCUCUCUCCCUCCUUCACUCUCUCCCACCCUCACCCCCUCCCUCCUUAGCUCUCUCUCUCCCUCACUAUAUAUACAUUGGUGUCUCAGUCUCUCUCUCUUUCCCCGCAUCCCGUUCAGCUUUGAGGAUGCAGACCAGAGUAUUUCCUUGUUGGUGGGGUAGAGAGGUGUAGAGGAACAGGAGGACAGCGUACGUUCUGUUGGAGGAACAGGGGGACAAUGUACGUUCUGUUAGAGGAACAGGAGGACAGCAUACGUUCUGUUAGAGGAACAGGAGGACAGCAUACGUUCUGUUAGAGGAACAGGAGGACAGCGUACGUUCUGUUAGAGGAACAGGGGGACAGCGUACGUUCUGUGACUCUGAAAACACUGUCGGCCAUGGAGUGGAGUGAGCUUGACUUGGUGCAGGAGUUCUCCCUGGAAGGACAAUGCAGCAAAAUUAAGGUCCGCUCCUGCAGGAUCACAUGGGACAGCCCGCAGGAACAGAGACUCAGGUAUCUUCAACAGCGAGGCAGAUCAAGCCAAGCACAGACUCAGUCAGAGGCAGAGAAGCUGCGAUGGCUGAAGGAGCGGGUGGACAGCCAGGAGGCCAAGCUGAAGGCCGUCCGCCUGGUCAGGGGCCAGAUGGACUACAGCCGGCUGAUCAACGGGAACCUCUUUGCAGAGAUAGAUCAUGUCAGCAGCCUGUUCCAGGAGAAGCAGGCGGAGUUGCAGUCGGCCGUUGUUAGAGUAGACCAGUUGACCCAGCAGUUGGAAGACCUCAGAAGAGGGCGUCUUCAACUGCAACCCACCAUGCCACAGCAAGGACCGCCCCCCAGCUCACAGGCGCCACCCAUUGGCUCAGAUAGAAUGCCCUCUUCCAUGGAGGGCCCGCUCACAGUUGGUCCUGCUGCUCUGGAACUACGAAAACUGUACCAAGAGCUACAGGCCCGCAACCGUCUCAAUUUGGAGCAGAGCAGCAGCCUGGAGCACAGCCAGGAGCUGCUGAACCAGAGGAACACCCAGGUCAGCCUCAUGGACCGACGCAUCGGAGACCUGAGGGAGAGGCUGGGCCAGAAGAGGGCAGAGUUGAGUCUUAUGAGUGGCGCCGGUCCCCCUACCCCUCCCCCCCGCCCAAGAGGGGGUACAGACAGUGUGUCAGGGCGUGUGGCUGCGGUCUGCCCCUACAUUCAGGUGCCUGCAGGUGGCAGAGCUGAGGCCGACCUCUCCCCGAAACACACGCCCUUCGGACAGGUCCGCUCCCACUCAGCUAACGACGCCUCCUGGCUGACCGAUAGUAAGAGUAUGUCUGACUGGAGGGCCGGGAGUCAGGAGCAGCUUUAUUGGCAUGAGAAAAAUACAUUUGCAUUGCCAAAGCAGCACCCCCCUGGGUACGGUACUUACCCCAGUGCGACCCACCAGGCCGCAGGGACCCCCAGCGCCACUAGCUCCUUGCCCCGUUCCGCCCCCGGCACCCUGGGCUGGUGUCGUUCGGAGGCGUCCAAGCCCUCGUCGUCUAGGUCACUGACGUCCUCCUCCUCCUUCUCCUCCUCACACCAAGAAGCACGGCCCACCGCCGCCACCGCGUCCACUCAGAGGAACGGAGGCUCCAGCAGUCCAGUGCAGACCUGCCCGCUGCCUCCCCAGUCCGACAGGCCCCCCCCUGCUGUGGCCGUGCGCCCCUACGUCCCGGACCCGCCCUCCAGGCCCCAGUCCCCGAGGAAGGGCCCGGCCACCAUGAUCAGCAGCUCCAUCUACAACAUGUAUCUGCAGGGACCCCAGACCAAGAACCAGGGCCCCCAGACCAAGAACUACGGCUCCCUCAACAACAGGACUGUCAGAUCAGUCUACGGUAAACCCCUCCUCCCCCCGUCCUCGGCCCCGCCCUCUCCAGUACCUUUGCAGCAGUCGGGUGGAGGAGGUUGCACGGGUGGGAAUGCAGACAGAGAGAUGCUGGGAGGUGGUGUAGAGGGACGGCUACACCUGCCCCCGAACGUGGACAGCAUCCCCCGACCUCUCAGCCCCUCCAAGCUCACACCAGUAGCCCACGCCCCACUGCGCUACCAGAACGAUGUUGACCUGGAGGUGCUGCGCCGUCGCCUUAGCAACGCCCCUCGGCCCCUGAAGAAGCGCAGCUCCAUCACAGAGCCCGAGGGCCCCCAGGGGCCACACAUCCAGAAGCUGCUGUACCAGAGGUUCAACACUCUGGCCGGGGGCAUCGACGGAGGGCCAGGCAACCCAUUCUACCAACCUGGCAGCCCCUUGCCAGAGACAGACAGCAUCCCCUCUGAGGAUGGACACACUGCUGUGGACGAGACGAGGCUCACCGUCCCUCUGGAGGGCGGGAGCCCUCACCUGUACCCAGAAACAGCCGGUGAGAUAGUGGCCUCGUCUAUGCCUCCAGGCGGCGUGGCCACGCCCCCGCAGACCAACCCCUCUCCGUCACCUCAAAGGCUAGAGGACAAGAGCAAUAACAAGAGACAGAGAGGUCCAUGCUCCAACCACAGCCCUGGAGGCCUAACGCCGUCCACCCCUCCGCCCCCAUCGCCCCGGACCACCGCCCCACCCAAGGUUAAACGCACCAACUUGAAGAAGUCCACGUCGGAGCGUACAGGCCACAGUCUGAGGGUGAAGUUCAACCCCCUGGCGCUUCUAUUGGAUGCAUCAUUGGAGGGAGAGUUCGACCUGGUCCAGAGAAUCAUAUAUGAGGUGGAGAACCCAAGCAUGCCCAAUGACGAGGGGAUAACACCGCUUCAUAACGCUGUCUGUGCUGGCCACCAUCACAUUGUCAAGUUCCUCCUGGAUUUUGGUGUAAACGUCAAUGCCGCUGACUCAGAUGGAUGGACACCGUUGCACUGCGCAGCCUCUUGUAACAGCGUACAGCUCUGUAAGAUGCUGGUGGAAUCUGGGGCAGCCAUCUUUGCUACCACCAUCAGUGAUGUCGAAACAGCAGCGGACAAAUGUGAAGAGAUGGAGGAGGGCUACACCCAGUGCUCCCAGUUCCUCUAUGGUGUGCAGGAGAAGCUCGGCGUGAUGAACAAGGGCUGUGCCUUCGCCCUCUGGGACGACAACGCCCAGCAGACCGAUGAGCUGGCCUUCAGCGAGGGGGAGGCCCUCACCGUCCUCCGGCGCUCUGACGACCUGGAGACCGAGUGGUGGUGGGCGCGGCUCAGCGACCGCCAGGGAUACGUGCCAAGGAAUCUCCUUGGGCUCUAUCCGAGGAUCAAGCCCAGACAGCGGUCCCUGGCGUAGCUCCUGGACCCCCUGCACUUUGAAUGAAUCUAGCACAGCAGGAGAGGCUUGGACCCUGGCAUGUUGGAGAGGGCCUCAAGUAGACAGUGUAGAAUGCUAAAACAGAAAGUCAAUGCCAUGAUGAAAAAAAUAAGUAAGGACAGAAUGAGAUGGAGGUAGGACAUUGUGAAAUUUUAUUUUGAUAACAGCUCGUGCUGUUUUCUGAUUGAGAACACUGACAGUCAGAUGCAAUGCCUAUAAUCUUGUCUAGUUGCACAGUUUCUUGCUCGAUGGCUCAAUCUGUUAAUUCAGUAACUUUCAACUUUCAUCCAAAGAAGCCCUGCAUGGCUUUUCAAGAAAACCACUUCUCCCGGUACUUAAGCUCCAUUUUAAUACCUAAAAAUGGAAGAAAAGUGAAAAAGCCUUUUAUUGUGGAGGGCAGUGGACUGGAUCAUGGUGAUAUUAUAUUGUCCACCCACUUCAAGUUCUAAUAGUUCAAAAGAAUGUGACUUGUCACUGUGAUACUGAAGAUUGACAGAGAAAAGAGAUGAGGGAGAGUGAUGAAUGUUCAUCACUCACAUUGAUUGUAAUUUCGGGUCUUUCCACUAGAGUUGAAUAAACCCUUUGGGGAGGAGUCAUAGAGCCAGGUAACGGUCAUAACAUUAACAGCUCCUUUUAUGUAUCACGUGUAGUAGACCAAACCAGACUAGAUCAAUCGUCUACCUGUGCCCUGGUACAUGUAGGACGGAAGACGCUCUGUGACCUCUGGGUCUCCUCUGACAGGAAGGAUUGACUUUGUCUUGGUAUUCUUUGGCAUCAUCGGAAUACUGACAGUUUCCGAUGCGGUAGAAAGCAGAGAAAGAAGAAAAGGAAAGGAAUAAAACGGCCUGAAUGCAAACCAUUUUAUGAUAUUUUUCCUUGAACAUUUUUGUAAAUGAAAGCCCUGCAGCUUUUACAGCAACAAUGUGUUGCUUGCACAGUUCUAAGCCCAAUCUAUUUGUAUAUGCUAUGCAUGUGUGUGGUGCAUCUUAUAGAGGUUUUUAGGCUCAUGUUCUUCCAGCUAGCGUGAGCGCUUUUUGGACAAACAUUGUGGCAUGUGCCAACAAAUCAAUCCUUUUCUCAUCUUUACUCAGAAGCAAGAAAGAGCACAGCUGUAUUAUCUAAGAGACUUUAUGGGCCCUCUGGAGAUGUUAAACUGAACCCCGCCACAAUGACCACCUUCCGUCAGCGGGACAACUAAACAGCCUACCUGCUGGGGUCCACGCAAUGAAAAGCCUAUGUUGAUAAUUAUAUGACUAUUUUAUAUCAAACUUCAAAAAAUAAUUAGAAUACUGUAGUAAGCACAGGGUCUAGACUCUAGAGUAAGGCCUACAGUAUACGCACUAUCCUGUAAGUACCAAUAAAACCCAUGUCAACUUUCA